AUGUCGAAGCCAUUUGAUCCCGAGCAGGCUGAGAACCUGGAGGAUAUGGAGAAGCAGUUUGCUGUGAAGGCUGUUGAACACCUCAUGACAUACUGGGCGAUUCUUGAGAAGGUCAAGGGCUCGCAGUUGCGCCUCACUAAGAUGGAUGAUGAAAUCCACGAAUCUUUCAUGGCCGAAUUCCCCGACUUCGAUCCCGCUGCCACCGUCGACGAGGAUGAAAUGAAGAGCAAGGCCGGGAAGGAGAAAUGGCGCAAUUGGAUCAACAAGUUCGACAAGAAGAUUGAGGACUUCAACUUCGGUACUAUCAUUCGCACUCGUGCGGAUGCUGAAUACGAUCAGGACACCACUGUGUUCGGUGUGCGCAUGCAAUUCUAUGCCAUUGAAGUUGCUCGUAACCGUGCUGGACUGAAUGACUGGAUCUAUGAGCGUGCUCAGAAGGCCAGCUCUUGA